GUCACGUGCUUGUGCGGGUGGGGGCGGAAGUGGAGCUCUUGUCUUCCUUUCCCAUCCCACCCCACCUUCGCUCGGAUACUGAAUGGAACUGGCGCUGCGGAGCCCCCCCUCACUGCCUUUAACAGUCAGUCCUUCAGGACAGCAAUGGAUCACGCUGGAGCCACUGAGGGCCCUGGACAAGCCAGAAGACCCUCCAGUUCGUCCUCUGGGACACCCAUGGGUGCCGAGGGACAAACAGCACAGAGGCCCAAAGUAAAGAUAACUCCCUUCCACAGCUCACCCAUAGCCAGUAGUGAUGGAGGUCAUCGCAGCAAACGAUCAGGAGCAGUUUUUGGGAAACCACUGGCAUCUCCUGGCAGCCUGUUUCUGGACACACCUGGUGGGCUGACUGCUCCACCUGUUGGACAGAGACUUGCUGCUUCUGCUGCUGCUGCUGCUGCUGCUGCUUCUGCUGCUGCUGUUGCUUCGGCUUCUGCUGGGAGCCCAGAGGGACAAACUCACAGUUCAGGCACUUUAUUCGCCACUACAGGAGAAAAAACACCUGUUGUCAAGCCUGGAGGCAAGAAGGCCCCAAAGUCAAGCCUGAUACAUUCACAGAUGUCUGGACCACCAUCUAACACUGAGCUUUGUCACAGCCAGAAAGGCAAAGAGGGGAAAGCUGUCUUCACGUCCAUGAAACCUCAGUCAGCUGUGAAGAGGAAGAAGAGGAAGAUGGGAAUGUACAACCUGGUCCCCAAGAAGAAAGCCAAGGCCCUUAAACAGCAGGAGAAGAAAGAGCAGCCAGGAGCCUGCGUGGAGAAGAACCCAGCUGUAGCAGAGGAGAAGCCAGUAAUUCUACCAGAGACUCUGAAUGCUGUCAGAAAUGAAAUGCUGCUGGAGGUUGAACCUGGAGAUGGCAGCCAUGUUGAAUACACUGAGCUGGCUUUGGACUAUCUGGACCUUAAAGCUCAGGAAGAGCUGCUCUUACCCCCCCUGUCAGGUGUAGCAGCAAAUGCUGAGGUGACAGAAACAGACUUGGCUGAGGAGUUACCGCUGUGCUGCUGUCGGAUGGAGACUCCUCACAGUGUAGGCAGCCUGUCCACACUGGAUCAGACCUGCAUGGCCAUGGAGAGCAUGGAUGGAAUGCUGAGUCGUUGCCAGAGGCGUGUGAUGAAGCAGGAAAUGAUGCGACCCUCGAACACGGUCCAUCUGCUGGUUCUGUGUGAGGACCACCGGGCUGGCAUGGUCAAGCACCAGUGCUGCCCUGGCUGUGGACUCUUCUGCAGGGCGGGCACCUUCAUGGAGUGCAGGCCACAUGGCAGCAUCUCCCACCGCUUUCACCGCGACUGUGCCUCCAUUUUGAAGGAUCUCAAGUUUUGCCCCCACUGCGGAGAGGAUGCCAGCGGGGCAAAGGAGAUCACAAUGUUAAAGGCUGCACCGUCACCCUCUGUACCCAGAUCCAAGCCCGGGCCAUCACUUCCAGCUGUUCCCACUGUAGCCACCCUGCCAUCCGUACCAACCACGCCUGCUGUUCCACAGAUACUCAGAGCUAAGAAGACCAGCAAGCCACAGAGGAGCAGAGAUGAGAGCCCGAGCAGUUUAGAGGGCGAGGCUGUGUGUGCUGCAGAUAGAGUACCUAAAGAGUCACUGGAGAAUAUUCUAAUGGCACUGGAUGAUGAGAACCUGAAACCAAAGAAAGUGAAGUAUCCAACUAGACAACUGUACAUCUCUGCAAAACAAGGAGAGCUCCAGAAGGUCAUUCAUCUCCUAGUUGCUGGGAAGGACCCCAACUUUUCGAUGGAGGGCCAAAACAGAGGCACCCCCCUUCAUGCAGCAGCUGCUGAGGGUCACCAAGAGAUCUGCCACAUGCUGGUCCAGGUGAGGAGAUUACAAGACAGGCCUAAUACAAAAGGCUUUGUAAAUAUUAUGACAUUUAAGCUUUUAUUAUCUUUUAUUUUGACCUCAUAUUUUGUCCACUUCUGCUGUGCAAUAUUUGCCCCAUAUUUCCUCUACCACCCCUGGGUGGAGUCUCCACUCCCCAGCGGGAGGCGUCUGGCGGGAGAGGUAGCCACCACGUUCUGUUGUCCUGGCAAGUACAUGGCCUUGAGGCUGGCCAAGCGGGAGAAAGCCCAUACCAGGAGUCGCCAUGCGACCUGUAGCGACGUGGCCGACCUGCCUGCUGCGCUGCUGGGCCGAACAGCUCCCCUGGUACUACAGGGAGAGUGCGUAGGGCCCUCCUGCCUUGCUCCAAAAGCGGUGAUUGGGCCAGCCAGACCUGGCGACGAGCCAAGGUCUGUCCUUGCAGAGCUGGCUGCAGGAAGCCCUUGUAGACAGGGCAUCGUCAUCCAAUCCUUGAGGGGUGGGGCUCCCGGCUGGGCUGUCCACACUGCUUGCAGCCCCCCUGCCUGGCUGAAGUGCUCUGUAGCUCCUACCAGAGGGGAAGAGCUGGAACAGAUUGUGUACAGGGUGGGAGACGUACACUGUAUUGAUGCGAGACUCUUUGGCAACGUCAGCCGCUUCAUCAACCAUCUGUGUGAGCCCAACCUGCUGGCUGUGAAGGUGUUCACCAUGCACCAGGAUCUACGUUUCCCCAGGAUAUCCUUCUUCUCCAGCAGGCCCAUCAAAGCUGGAGAGCAGAUAGGGUUUGACUAUGGUGAUCACUACUGGAGGGUGAAGAGCAAGUACUUCACCUGCCAGUGUGGUUCCCUCAAGUGUCUCCACUCAGCUGCUAGCAGAUAGAAACUCACUGAUGACCACUGAUCCCUCUUCCUGCCUGGACACAGUCUUCUGCUGUGACAUCUCUAAUGUCAGAAACACUGCCUUCUGAACCAGACACCAUCUAAGAGUGAUGCUUUGAAAAUGGAUAUAAAAAGGAUUUCACUUGAAUUCCCAAUUUUAAACCAGCAAAUGAAAGAUAAACAUUGUUAAAAUUUGUCAUCUCAGAGCACAGGAUCUAACUUAUUUAUACACCUAAUACGGUAAGGUAAAUAAGGUUUUCUAUAAACAGAACACUGCAGCUUGCCACCAGUUUGAAAUACUGUACAUAAGAGUGGGUUUAACAAGUUUUAAAGAGCCAGCGGUCUGGUUAAAACAUCUUAACAUGUGAUUUUACAUUAAUGGACUCUUUUAAUACUACAAAGUGUAAUAUUUGUGGAUUAAUGAAGUGAAGUAAUGUUUGUUUGGAAGUCCGAUCUCUUCUGUAAUCAUGCUUUUUACUGCAUAUCGAUUUAGCAAUUAAACACAUUUUUAAAGCAUCA